UAAGAACAUACAUUUGCUCAAGAACUAGGGUUUAGGGUUUUUACGGGCUAUGGCUGCCGCGGCUCUCCGGCGCCAAGGUUUUGCGCUCCGGCUAGCGCGGCUGGAGCACCAGCGAUGGGCUUCUCAGCCAGCUCUUCGGGAAGAUCUCAAGCAGGGGAAGGUAGCGGCGCCGGCGCCGGCUUCCAAGCCGGAGGUUGUGUACGAGGGCGCCAUGGCCGGCACACUGAGGCGAGUGAAAAUCCUCUCUUUCACCUCCUUCGUCUUCUCCUCUCUCGGCGCUCCCGUGCUAGCGUUCCACACAUAUCCCGAGGUCUCCGUCGUUGCAAAGUCCUCCAUAGCUUCCAUGAUGAUGAUGCUUAGCGCUCUCACUACUGCUGGCUUGCAUUGGUACGCUGGUCCUUAUGUUCGCAAGCUUUCAUGGAAGCCCGGUUCCAAAGAGGUCGCCAUUGAGACGCUCGACGUCUUGGCUCGACGCGUCGAGCGGAAGAUCCAGCUUAGCGAUGUCCAUCCUCCCGACACGAACAAGCCUCUUGUUACGUUCUUCGCCAGGGGGAAUCACUACUACAUUGAAGAGGAUCGUUUCCCCAGUCCCGAGCUUCUGAAAAAGCUUGUUCCCAGGAGAUGAUGGAGAGUUUGUUCUUGGUCUUUCGUUUGGUUUUAUGGACUUUGGAUAGAAACUUUGAUUGAUCAGAGCUAUUUUGUUGUGGUUAUGAGAUCUUCCAAGCUUUUUA